CUCUCUUUCUGUCGCUCUCUCUCCGGGAUCUGCGAUCACAUUGUCUUUUGUCUCAGUUUUUGUCUUUACUGUGAAUAUGGCAGUAGAUAAAACCUACAUCAGAAUUUGUUAUUCGAUAUGCGGUCUUCUCGUUGGUUUCUCUUCCUUCCUCCUGUGGAACAUCCUGUACAGACAGCCAUGGACAGCAGCCAUGGGAGGACUGUCAGGUGUGCUGGCACUGUGGACCCUCAUCAAUCACAUCAUGUACCUGGAGGAAAGCUGGAAGGCCUGGCUUUGGGGGCUUAAGUUCUUCUUUUUCAUUGGGGUCUUUUUCUCUCUGCUGGCAGUUGUAGCCUUCAUCGCCUUCCUGUCUGUUGCCAUCAGUAAGAACGAAUCUUUUACGAACCCUCGGAGUUUUUACCUUUCUUGUGUGUGGAGCUUCAUGAGUCUGAAGUGGUCCUUCCUGCUGUCCUUGAGCUCUCACCGCUACCGAAAGGAGUUUGGGGAGUGUCAGAGUAAGAGUGAAAGGACAGUUGAAGAAGGGGGAUAAAAAAAAAAGACAUUUCCGUCAUAGAACAGUUAAUACACUCAGAAUGAACAGUAAAUCUGCUUUAUUACUGGAGGGCGCGCUAUGAAUAAGUAUAUUUUAUACACGGAUAUGUAUUGCUUUUAUAAUACAACCUCAACUGUUUUUUCUUAAACAUUUUUAAUCUUUGGAAAGGAUUUUUAAAACUAACAUUUAACAGCAGACGCUUGCACUUCUGUGCGACUGCCACCAGAGGGAGCCAUUCCUUCAUUCCUUAAAUAUCAACGACGUCCAGACUUAAUUUUUGGUGUUCAGUCUUGGUGUUUGUUGUUGUUUUUCUGCAUCAGUGAGGGUUAAAUAGAUAGACGUGUGUGUCUUUCCUAGUCCUGCAUCAAAGCAAUGAAAACCUCCAGGAUUACUGAAGGUAACAGGUUAUUGUGCUGCUGUAAAUAACCAUGUGAGACCGAUGUUCUGACCAGACCGUUUCUGAUCUUUAAAGAAUUUAUCACAAAAAUAUUUUUAAUGUUGAUAUUUUUCUGUAUUUCUUUUUUAUUUUCUUGACUUGAAAGACUGAAGUUUAAUGUUGAAUGCCCCUCAAUGGGCUGUGAUUCACACUUUCUCUAUGUUUUAUAAUAAUAAUAAUAAUGAAAUAUUGUCCAUGUUAAACUGUUUUCUUUUAAGUGAGAUAACUUAUACUGUAUUUCUUUCUAAUGUUUAUUUUGUUUACUGUCACAUAUAAAUCAUGUAAAACGUCUGUGAUUUCCAACUUAAUGCACAGUGAGUACAUUCCUUUAAAGUGCUUAAUAAAUAUUUUUUAUGUCAUUCUAAAAUAAAUUUCAAUAAAAAGAAGAGUUUAAGACCUGA